AGUACUUGGAAGUAAUUCAGAAGUGAAGUACAAGUUAUUACGUACAGUACGGUAAAUGAAGCCAAAAAUUUAGCAAGAUACUUGUAUUAAAAGACUUAAGAGCAAGAUAAGAACAAUAUCCGUCGCUAAAAUAAUGGUUAACGUUGAUGAAUAUGAAGAAUUGAUGAAGCCUAUUAUGAUAGUAAAUCGGAUUAUAUCAGUAUGGCCAGUGGAAGAAAAUGAUAACUCAAUUCUGUCGCGAAUGAGAAUUUUUCAUCGGAUUUUAUUGUUUGUUUUACUAGUAGUCCAAGCGACUGCCGUAACUGCUGACAUUGUUCACCACUGGGGUGAUAUGAAGGAAGUUACUGAGUGUGCUUUGAUAACAACCGCUUUCUAUCUUUCUAUUCUGCGACUCAUAGUUUACACUAUCCACGACCGAGAUUUACAAAUAUCUGUUAAAACGAUGAAAGAAGACUGGAUUAAAUACUCUGGAGACGAUGAAUUAGCACUAAAAGAAAAAUGUUUACCGAUAUUAAAAUUAGCUAAGAUGUUCAUCAUGACUGUGGGAUCGACAAUUCUCUUAUUUAUGGUGGCACCAAUUUUAGAAAUUAAAGUUCUUGGGAUGGAAGAAAAAAAACUUCCCUUUCGCGGUUUUUUUUUCUCAAAUCAAACAAAUUCGCCAGCAUACCAGGGUUUUUACGUGCUAGGAGUCAUAGGAGGAGCUUUCGGAGGAAGUACCAUUGCUGGAGCAACAACUCUCAAUCUUAUACUUGUGAUGCAUGGAUCGGCUAAAUUCUUGGUUGUGCGGAGGAACAUUGAAAAUUUGAAAAAUGACAAACACAGUUCUAUCACCUUCGCUGAUUGUGUAAAACGACAUCAGGAAGCGAUUUUGUUUGCAGAACGAGUUGAGAAUACGAUUAACGUUCUGGUAUUGGGACAGUUUGUGAUAAGUACUGGUCUCGUUUGUUUCGCUGGGUUUCAAAUUACGGAAAUGGCCAAAGACAGAGGUCAGUUGAUGAAAUACACGUCAUUCUUGAAUUCGGCGAUUUUUGAACUAUUUUUAUUUAGCUACAGUGGCCAAGAAUUAUUAACCGAGAGCGACGCUGUGGGUGAAUCCUGUUAUGCAUCGAACUGGGUUGGAGCUGGCUUUACAAAAAGUAUGCAAAUAGUAAUGAUUCGCUCGCUAUCUCCGUGUAAAAUCACAGCCGCUAAAUUUUAUGACAUGUCUUUGGCUAAUUUUUCAUCGAUUCUCAGUUCUUCAUUCUCAUAUUUAACAGUUUUACGGACUAUGGAGGUUGAAUAAAUUUACAAACAUAGAAAUUUAAUACAACUGCUCACUUUCAAUACUGCAAAAGUGACAAAGAAUUUAUUCUAAACUUCAUAAUUGAGUUUUAUGAAAUUUUUAUGGAUAUUUUUUAACCAAUUAAAUAGUUCAAUAAUUUUUGUGAAUUAUAAAAACUUAC